AAUUUCCUCUACGUAUAGAGACUUUUUUCACAGAACUAGAAUUUGGACCCUGCAUUGGCCGAUUUCCUCUCGUCCGAGCUCGGGAAGGUCACACCGACGCCAUCGUUCAGUGAAAACUUAUUAGUUUUAAUGAUCCAGAAAGCAUUGUGUGUGUGUGUGUGUGUGUGUAUAUAUACACACAGAAAUAUUGAUGAAGAAGCAUAAAUGUCAAUUGGAGCAGGUGACGGAUCAAAUCAAACCAUCUAUUACGUAGGUUCGAGGCAUAUAAGAAGUAAAGACGUCAAGUCUACCAGAUGAUGAUAAUAAUAAGAUGAAGAAGAAGAAGAACCGAGAGAGAGAGAGAGAGAGAGAGAGAGAGAAAGGCGGGGUGAUUUAGGAAUGUUCCGGUACACAAACUAGAGACCUUCAGAAUUGCGACACGGCGAUCAUGCCUGAAACUCAUCAGCCACCCUGUCGAUGUUAACGACAGCGAAACGAGCUUCGUGAAUGUAAGGUGUAAAUGUUGGGUCACGUUGUUAAUACGUGAGCGCUCAAAGGGGAACUCCGCCCUGAAACACGUUAGAUAUGUUCACGCUGAAAUAUCUCUGGAGCGCCUCGUGGUUCCGGUGCUAGUUCGAUACGCUGUCGGCGGUAUAUUUCGGUUACUCCUGUGAGAAGUUGGUGAUCGUGUGCCGUGCUGAUGUCACGAACCGGUCACGGAUCUCGAGCCUUUGUCGGGUUUCGCUGUUAGUUCUUGAAAACAAAAGAAGGGGUUGUUUUGGUUUGUUUCUCCUCACCCUACAUUCAAAAUAGCGACAAAAGGAUUUCAAGGCGAUUUCGGUGGCAUUAGAAUCGAGACUUCCUGUGCGACUAUGACGUGUGCUAAGGUGACGAACGCGGACGAUUCCUCGGACCAACCUUGUCGUGUGGUCCGACGUUUCUUUCGGUUCCCCGUUCACAACUUUACUGCCUAAGCUAGUUCCCAUUUACUGUACGACUCGUUUGCUCGCCGCUUUCCCGCGAUGACAUUCUCCAACGUCGUAUAAGCGAGAGAUCCAGCUCGGAAGCGGUGGGGAUGUCGGUGCGAACGGUGAACUCCCAGAAUGGAAGCAGGCAAGCAGAUAGCAUGACAGUUGAAGGUGUUGAAGCGGAUGUGUUUGAGGUGAGAGGAAAGAACCGGACAGACUGAACGACUUAAGCGCCGCUGCAUCGCUCUCUUUAGGUAGAGAUGCAAUGAGGGGACCGCUAUCAGCAGGCAGUCGAACGGCACUGUGGUUUGGUACCAAAAUCCCCGCGGACCAUUUCCUUCCUCUCCCUGGCCGACCACCUCCAUGGAUCAGGACUACGAGCGUCGACUUCUGCGGCAGAUCAACGUCCAGAAUGACAACGCCAGCCCUGUCAAAGUCACGGACGUGAUCCGUCACCUGACACCCACCAAGUCGCCGAUGUCCUCGCCGAGCAAGCACGGGGAUCGGUUCAUCCCAUCGCGAGCAGGAGCCAACUGGAGCAUCAACUUCCACAGGAUCAACGAAAACGAGAAGUCCCCAAGCCAGAAUAAGAAAACCAAGGACGCGACAUCAGAUACGGGCAAAGCAGCGGACGGUUUGGCGUACUCGGCGCUCCUGAAGAACGAGCUGCUCGGAGCCGGGAUCGAGAAAGUGCAGGACCCUCAGACCGAAGACCGGAGGCUGCAGCCUUCGACGCCGGAGAAAAGAAGUCUCUUCAGCUAUACUCUGAGCGCCAAGAGAGCCACGCCUGACGACGGCAACAACGUCUCUCCGUACUCUCUGUCCCCCGUCAGCAGCAAAAGUCAAAAGUUGCUCCGUUCGCCGAGGAAGCCGACUCGCAAAAUCUCCAAGAUCCCAUUUAAGGUGCUGGACGCACCAGAGCUGCAAGACGAUUUCUACCUCAACCUGGUGGACUGGUCCUCCUUAAACGUGCUCAGCGUCGGACUGGGGACCUGCGUGUACCUGUGGAGCGCCUGCACGAGCCAGGUAACGCGGCUGUGCGACCUGUCCGUAGAGGGAGACUCGGUGACGUCGGUCGGCUGGUCAGAGCGAGGGAAUCACGUGGCGGUGGGAACGCACAAAGGAUUCGUACAGAUCUGGGACGCAGCAGCCGGCAAGAAACUCUACACGCUAGAGGGACACACGGCCCGAGUCGGCGCGUUGGCGUGGAACGCAGAUCAGCUUUCCUCGGGCAGCCGGGACCGCAUGAUCCUGCAGAGGGACAUCAGGACGCCGCCGCUGCAGUCUGAGCGCAGACUGCAAGGCCACAGGCAGGAAGUGUGUGGCCUUAAAUGGAGCACCGACCACCAGCUUCUCGCCUCCGGAGGAAACGAUAACAAGCUGCUGGUGUGGAAUCACUCGAGCGUGGCGCCCGUUCAGCAGUAUACAGAGCAUUUAGCGGCAGUGAAGGCCAUCGCAUGGUCUCCUCACCAACACGGCCUCCUGGCGUCCGGAGGAGGGACGGCCGACCGCUGCAUCCGCUUCUGGAACACGCUCACGGCUCAGCCGCUCCAGUGCAUCGACACCGGCUCUCAGGUCUGCAACCUGGCCUGGUCCAAACACACCAACGAACUGGUUAGCACACAUGGCUACUCACAGAACCAGAUCCUCGUGUGGAAAUACCCGUCGCUUACUCAGAUCGCCAAACUGACCGGUCACUCGUACAGAGUGCUUUAUCUGGCGAUGUCUCCGGACGGGGAGGCCAUCGUGACCGGAGCAGGCGACGAGACGCUACGCUUCUGGAACGUGUUUAGUAAAACUCGAUCGACGAAGGAGUCCGUGUCCGUUUUAAACCUGUUCACCAGAAUACGGUAAAGGCGUGGCUGCGUUCCAGGAUCUCGUCAUUACAUCCGCUUCUCACCGGCCGCUCACGGACGGAACGCAGACGGCGUGAAGCUGAGAAGGCCGCGUAACUCUCUCGUUCCUAUUUGUACAGUUCUGGACUUUGGGACGUGCCGUCGUUCGUCUGGCCGACUCCCGUGUUGUCACGAUCGUGUUCGUUUAUUUUUUAUGUUUGUUGUACAGUUUAUUUAGUUCAUGUUUUUACGUUACCUUGGAGGGUCUGACGACGCAAGCCUUAAGAGCGUACCGUAACUAACGUUCCUGGGGGGAAAAAAGGGUGUGAUGGAAAAGCAUACGAAACAAAAAAAAAUCAGCAUCUCAAGAAAGUAUGUGUAGCGAAUUAAUCAUCGUUGUUUAUUGGGGGGGGGAAUUGUAAAAUGUGUAUUUAAAAACAACUAAUAAAUCAUGACUGUACAGCAAGAACAUGUCUGUCUAAAAGCAUAAAUGGAGCUGUGGAAGAUUAACAAUACAAAACACCCUGAAAGAGCAAUGCGGCUUGACUUAUUUUCCUACAGCACAACACAUGACAACUCACGUGGUUUAUACUUCCACGUGUACUAUAGGCUACAGUCUCUAGCCCCGCCUCCACCUGGAACAGAGCUGCUCAGC